AUGUUUGAGCACAUAGGCUAUGUGCUGAUUGCAAAGCGCAAAACUUCUGGUGCGCGUGGGCUGCAGGCUGUGCUGUGCUGUGCUUUGCUUUGCUGCGGCCGACUUUCGCCGCACUCGCCAGUUCGCGCCGAGUCGCCGGCGAGCGUACACCUAGAGUUCCGCCAGCUGCCGCUGCUCUUCCACAUGUCUCCCGCGAUGCAGACGCUGCUGCUCCUCGUGGCGGCUUCGAUGCUGUCCGCCGCAGUGGGCAGGCCCACGCUCUACCACGUCAACGACAACGACAAGCUAGAGCCAGUAAUGGUUCCAGUAUCUUCAACAGUGAUUCCCUUGCCAAUCUACCAAGUUAGUUCAGGAGUGGAGUUUGGAGGAAAAGACUACAAGAACCACAAGCCUGAUGAGCCUAUAAAGCUAAUUACAGCUACAAAAAAGAAGACAAGUGUCAAAAAAGUUGAGGGCAACACUGGUGAAUAAAGCAAGUAACAUCAUUUAAUUUUCCCACACAGCAUUAAAAACCUUUCUCUGGGGAAUAUUUUGUGGUAUAUUUUCUUCACCAGUGAACCAGAAGUAGUCAGCAACCACUCAGCACUAAAUACGAAGACUUUCAUGUGAUUGUUACCAGGCUGAACUCAUGUUAAUGCUAAACUAACGUGAGAAUGACAUCCAAGUACAUCUAUAACUGCAAACAAUUAUAACAUGAAUGUUCUCUUACUGUAACCCCCAUUUUGUAACAGUAUUAACAAGAAUGUGUAAUAAGUCAAUAUAUCACUCCAUCUAGAUGAUAAUAAUAUUGAUAAGUGAAAUUAAUGUGUUAGGAAAAUAAAAUGCUUUUCUUAAUAUAUUACAAAUAAUGUAAAAACUAAUGUAAAUAUUAAGAGACCCAGAGUUAUAUGCACAAGUUAAUUUUAUUUAGUUACUCUGUUUCACGCAAAAUUUCAAAACAAAAUCCAGUUUUAAGGUUGUACAUACAUAUAUACAAAUUGAUAAGUGUUAUGCAAUAAAAAUUCUAAUGUUGUUUUUCAAACUACAAGGUGUUUCAUGUAAAUAUAUUUUAAUGAACAUUAUCAGUUGGAAGUAGAAAGAAAGUAUAUAUCACGUAUAAAAAAAUUACUGUAUGUACAAUGCUACUUAAUAUGUAUUUCAUUAGGCUAUACAAGUGGCACUUAAACCUAAUUCU